AUGAGAGUGACUGAGGCCAGAGAGGUGAGUGAGGCCAGAGAGGUGAGUGAGGCCAGAGAGGUGAGUGAGGCCAGAGAGGUGAGUGAGGCCAGAGAGGUGAGUGAGGCCAGAGAGGUGAGUGAGGCCAGAGAGGUGAGUGAGGCCAGAGAGGUGAGUGAGGCCAGAGAGGUGAGUGAGGCCAGAGAGGUGAGUGAGGCCAGAGAGGUGAGUGAGGCCAGAGAGGUGAGUGAGGCCAGAGAGGUGAGUGAGGCCAGAGAGGUGAGUGAGGCCAGAGAGGUCCAUAGAGGUGAGCAAACGAAGAGGUCGGAUCCUGAGGUGGCUAUGAAGAGACGAACCGCCAGUUACUGA